GGCAUUUUGGGGUUACCGUGUUUUGAGUAGUGACUCGGCUCCUUUAUUUACAUUUCGAUUUUAUUAAAUUUUAAAUUGAAAUAAUGCCGCACGGACACUCGCACGACCAUGGCGGAUGCAGUCACGAGGCCACGGAUGUGGAUCACGCCUUGGAAAUGGGCAUCGAGUACAGUCUGUAUACAAAAAUCGACCUGGACAACACGGAGUGCCUGAACGAGGAGACGGAUGGCCAGGGAAAAAGUGUCUUUAAGCCCUACGAAAAGCGCCAGGAUCUCUCCAAAUUCGUGCAGAGCGACGCGGACGAGGAGCUCCUGUUCAAUAUUCCCUUCACCGGCAACGUCAAGCUCAAGGGAAUCAUCAUAAGCGGCGCCAAUGACGAUUCCCAUCCGAACAGGGUCAAAAUCUUUAAGAACCGACCCAGGAUGACCUUCGACGAUGCCAAAGCUAAGCCCGAUCAGGAAUUUCACCUAACCCGUGAUGCCCGCGGAGAAAUCGAGUACUCCCCCAAAGUAGUCACCUUCUCCUCCGUGCACCAUCUCUCGUUAUACUUCCCCAGCAAUUUUGGCGAUGACAAUACACGCAUUUACUACAUAGGUCUUCGGGGGGAGUUCACAGAAGCUCAUUAUCAUGGUGUAACCAUCUGCAAUUACGAGGCUCGAGCCAAUGCCGCAGAUCACAAGGAUAAGGCUUUCGAUGGAGUUGGCAGAGCCAUUCAAUAAAUCAGUAAAAGCUCGAUUUUAUAAUAUUUAAAAUUCGAAUUUUAAUUGAGUAUCUCUGUGAAGUAUAUUUUGUGAUCAUUUAAGGCAAGAAAUGUAUUUGUAUGCCCUUAAGAUUUA